UUCCGCGAUGGCCGACGCCUCCUCAGGAGGCGGCGGCGGCGGCGGCGGCGCGCCCCGUUCGUCAACCUCCCCAUACGCCACCAACUUUCCGCCGCCGACGUCGGAGUCCCUCGACGGCGGCCUCCUCCUUCGUAUCCUCCAAAACCCUCCUCCGCGCCCGCAACAGCAACAAACCCUCGUGCAGCCCCUCGACGAGCCGCACAACUUCUUCGUCGACCCAGCCGUCGCCGCCGUCGGGCCCUUCUUUUCCUCCCCACCGCAUGUUCACGGCGGGGGCUUCGCGUGGCCCUCUUCCUCCGACCCUCAACCGCAGCACCGGUUCUCCGAUCCUCGCUUCCCGCAGCCGGUGGAUCUCUAUGCGGAGCGUGGAGGAGGCGGAUUCCGAUCCGCGGAUGGUGUCACGAGGAACAGGGCGGAGAAGCCAAGGUCAGGGGCGCCGCCUCCUGGGUUUGGCAAGCCGUUGCCUCCUGGGUUCGGCACCGCAUCGGCUGCCGGUCGCGAGGUGCCGGAUUUACUUGGUGCAAUGCAGCAGCGAAGGGAGCCGACCUAUAAUCAUCCAAAGGGUUUCGAUAGAAGACAUACUAGUGAACAUCAGAUGAUGCCACCUUUCACAGGUGGCCAGGGAGUGCUCGGCAGACUGCCCCAUGGAGAGCAGCAUACAUCACUAAUCACCAGUGGCCGUGGCACAGCUGCUGGAAUGAUGUACAGGGAGCAGCAGCAGCAACAACAGGAUCACAUUAUAUCUAGGACGCCGCCGGAUGCAAAUGUCCAUGGAUUUAUUGGCAGGAUGCCGCAUGGAGAGCAGCAUAUGCCUCAAUUUGCAGCUCGGGGGACACUCCUUGGAGAACAGCAUAUCCGUCCAGCCACAAGUGGCAGCGUACCACAGAGAGGUCAGCGGCAGCAACAGCCCUGCUCGCCAAACAUGCCACAAGGUGACCAGGGGUGGCAGGGUCAUGCCUCAAGGAAGCUGCCCACUGGGAAUGUUGUUCAGGUGGAUAGAGGUAAGAAGAUCCUGGCAGAAGCAACUGGCUUGGAGGAUGGGGUUGGGAAAGUACGUUAUGGGCAUGGAGUGCAUGGUCAGGCUGUAGUGCAUGCGAGGAAUUUGGAAGUAUCGUAUCAGAACAGUGAAGUUAGGUUUGCUGCAAAGAAAGAGGAAGAGGAUGAUGACAGCAAGGAGGAAGAUGCUAUAGUCGAACAGUUCAUGGAGACCGUGGUGAUUGAGGGAAAUGGUGAGGCCAAGGGCGUGGUUGUGCAAAACAGUGCCUCAAGGAGUAAGGAUUUCAGAUCAGACUUUUCUAGAGGGCAUCAUGUAUCAAGUCAAAGAGUAAGAUUUCAGAGGAGAACCAGGGCAUGUCGGUAUGGCAUAGAUCAAUUUACACCUAAUUUCUUGUCAAUCUUUGACUCAUUGGUGCCCUCAAGAGAGGAAAUUGCAAAGCAGGAGCAGUUGCUAAUAGCUCUGGGCAGACUAAUAAACAAGGAAUGGCCAAAUUCAAAACUUUACCUCUAUGGAUCGUGUGCUAAUUCCUUUGGUUUCUCAAAUAGUGACGUUGAUCUUUGUCUAGCUAUUGACGACAAGGAAAUGAGCAAGGUUGAUAUUAUACUGAAAUUAGCAGAAAUUCUCCAAGCUGGUAAUCUCCAGAAUAUUCAGGCAUUAACUCGAGCAAGGGUCCCAAUAGUGAAGCUUAUGGAUCAGGAUACAGGCCUUUCAUGUGAUAUAUGUGUCAAUAAUCUUUUAGCUGUUGUUAACACAAAACUUCUGAGAGAUUAUGCACAAAUAGAUCGAAGGUUACGGCAAUUAGCUUUCAUUGUGAAGCAUUGGGCUAAAUCUCGUCGUGUUAAUGAAACAUACCAAGGAACACUAUCUAGUUAUGCGUAUGUAAUAAUGUGCAUCCAUCUCUUACAGCUGCGCGGAAUACUCCCAUGUCUACAGGAAAUGGAUGCAACUUGUAAUGUCACUGUGGAGGAUAAUCAUUGCGCUUACUUUGAUCAAGUGGACAAGCUAAAGAACUAUGGUGCUCACAAUAAAGAGUCUGUCUCAAGUCUGCUUUGGGCCUUCUUCCAUUACUGGGCGUAUCAGCAUGAUUACAUGCAAGACGUUAUAUCUAUUCGUACAGGAAGGAUCAUUAGUAAGCACAUGAAGGACUGGACAAGACGUGUUGGAAACGACAGGCAUCUCAUUUGCAUUGAGGACCCUUUCGAGACCUCCCAUGAUCUUGGGCGUGUCGUCGACAAGUUCAGCAUCAAGAUCCUCCGAGAGGAAUUUGAGCGAGCCGCAAAUAUAUUGCAGUAUGAUGCGAACCCCAGUGUGACGCUCUUUGAGCCAUAUGUGCCUCCGUCGACAAGCCCUUGACCAGAAAGGGACUGCGAGCACAGCGGGAGUUCUGUUAUGAUGAUAGCACAAACCCCAGUUAGACGUGUUAUAUCAAGAAAGAACCCCUUUGUUUACAGGAUUUUUCUUACUGCCCGCCUCAUUUGUGCAUAACUGUACAAUAGAUGCUUAGUUGUAAAGUAACUAGAUGCCGGUACAGCAUUAUGUAGCUGCUAUGUAAGGGUGGGCUAGCUAUUUUUCAUAUCAUCAGAUCCAGUCUUGUUCAUCAAUUUAUAAGGACCAGCUCCGUUGCUUGUA